AUGGCCCCCACGCAAUCUGAGCGUACCCCGCUGCUCGCGGGACAGCAGCCGCGAACCUCGUCAACCUCGCGAGCUCGUCCAAGCUUCGGCGCCAGCAUUGGUCGUCCUGACCUCACUGCUGAAGAGGAAGAUGCUAUCGCACAAGAGUCGGCGUUCAGCGCCAUCCAGGGCGCCGCCCAUGGUGUUGACCCCAAUUCGUCUGCCUUUGUUCCCUUGGACCAGAGCCACUUCUCCAUCGCUGGCGUUCCGCCUGCCGUCGAGGAAGAGCCCGAAGAGCCUCCUCUGCGCGCUGAUAUCUGGGUCAUCAUGGGCGCCAUGUGGAUCGGAUCUUUUUUGGCUGCGCUUGACGGUACCAUUGUCGCUACCAUCCUCUCGGCUGUCGGCUCCGAGUUCCGCGUGAGCAAGGAGGUAGGAUGGUUGGGUACCAGCUAUCUGCUUACCCAAACUGCUUUCCAGCCUCUGUACGGUCGUGCGUCUGACAUUUUCGGUCGUAAGCCGGCUACUCUCUUUGCUUCGGCCAUCUUCCUCCUCGGCUCGCUUCUCUGCGGUCUCAGCCAGACUUUCUGGCAGCUCUGCGCCGCACGUGCCCUCGCCGGCAUCGGUGGUGGUGGACUGACUACCAUGUCCACCCUGGUCACCAGCGACCUUGUCAGCCUUAAAUCGCGAGGCACGUGGCAGGGCCUGGGUAACCUUGUCUACGCCACCGGUGCUGCCCUCGGUGGUCCGCUCGGUGGUGCUCUCGCCGAUGGCGGUCUCGGCUGGCGUUGGGCAUUCCUCGUCCAGGUGCCCUUGUGCGUCGUUCACUUUGCUGUCGUUUCGUGGAAGAUCGACAUCCCCGCAGGCCCCGGUAGCAUGAUUGAGAAGAUCAAGCGUAUCGACGCUCUCGGUUCGCUUUCGCUCGUCACCUCGGUCACUCUGAUCCUCGUUGGUCUCAGCCUGGGAGGCAACGAACGCGAGUGGUCUGACAAGCUCGUCCUCGGCUCUCUGAUUAGUGGUGGUGUUGCACUCGUGGUCUUUGUGCUCAUCGAGAGGUUCGUCGCUCGUGAGCCCCUGAUGCCCAUGGCCGUCCUUUUCAACCGCACGCCUGGCUUCGUUUCCAUUGCUUGCUGGUUCAUCACCAUGUCGCAGUUCGGCAUCAUCUUCAACGUGCCCAACUAUUUUGAGAACGUGGAGCAGACCACCAAACAGUAUGCGGGUCUUCACCUGAUCCCCAACGCCAUCAUUGCUUCCACGUGCAGUCUGGGCAGUGGUCUCAUCAUGGCUCGUACGGGACGAUACCGCAAGAUGCUGCUGCUCGGCGGUCUCGCCGGUUUUGUUGGCCCACUCAUGAUGUGCUUCUGGUUCCGCGGAACCUCGGAGGCGUUCUACUGGCUCAGUAUGCCCUGGGGUGGUGCCGCGUACGGCUCUACCCUAACCAUCACCUUGGUUGCACUGAUUGCUUCGGUCGACCCCAAGGAUAUGGCCGCUGCUACGGGCGUAACUUACCUCUUCCGUGCCACCGGUUCGGUUUUGGGUAUCUCGCUCUCGAGCGCCAUCCUGCAGAACAGCUUGCAGAAGAACCUGGAAAAGACCGACAUCCCUCACAAGAUCAUCCAGCUCAUCCGCCAGGACGUCAGCACCAUCAAGACACUCAGCAAGCCGUUGCGCGUCGCUGCCAUUGGCGCCUACGAGCAGUCGAUGCACACCGUCUUUAUCGCCAUUGCUGCUGCCGGCCUGUUCGCUUUCCUCGCUCUGUUCUUCAUCGAGGAGCGUGAUCUUCCUGGCAAGAAGCCGGCUGUUGCUGCUCCUGCGCGUCGCUAA